GCGGACAAGACACACACCCGGUCCACAGUGUCAUGCCAUUUCCCAUGCGCCUCUCUGGGGGCCGAGUUUGCGCCCCUCAAACGCACGGAGCCGCAGCUAUUUUGAAAGUGACCCCUCAUUCAGGCAGCGACCGAGCAGCUGUCAGGAACCAUGACUGAAGAUGACGGAUUCUGUUGUCGUGGAGGGAUACGCCAGACUUAGAGAUGGGAAAAAGUGGAAAACUAGGUGGCUCGUCCUUCGCAAACCGUCGCCUGUAGCAGAUUGCCUGGUGCUGCUGGUUUUUAAGGAUAAGUCGGACAAGGCUCAGGGGAACCGGGAGAGGGCCAGCGUCACGUUAGAGGAGAUCUGUGGUCUGGAAAGCGGACAGUGGUUGGAGGGCGUGGCCUUUACGCUGACCGUCCUCUGCCUGAACCAGACCGCUCUGCUGGGCUUCGACACCAGGGAGGCGCUGCAGGCCUGGGACGCCAGGAUCCGCUACAGCCUCGGAGAAGUCCACAGGUUCAGCGUCGGAGUUUUACCUGGGACCAAGUUGGAAAGUGGACCUGCAUCUCUUCAUCUGUGCAACAGCCUGCUGGCCCUGGCCCGGGACGCCCCCCCGGUCAUCAUCGGCCACUGGAACCUCCCGGACCUCCGCAGAUAUGGACCCGUCCCCAAUGGCUUCGUGUUCGAGGGGGGAACAAGAUGCGGAUACUGGGCCGGCGUGUUUCUGCUGGCGUCCGCCGAGAGCGAACAGAUCAGCUUCCUGUUCGACUGCAUCGUCAGAGGCAUCUCCCCGACCCGAGGCCCGUUUGGACUCCGACCCGUUCUACCAGAUCUCAGUCCGAACCAGACCAACUCUGAGGAGAAGUUGAACCAUGAAGCUCAGGAGCUGGAGAAACGUCUGAGCAUGCUCUCUCAUCGCAGCAGCACAGUCUCGUCUGCUGGAGGAGACGAUCGCAGCAUCUCUGGUUCGUCAGACACGUCGGACACCAGCCAGUCUGACUGCAGCGUGGGCAGCCGUCUGGUCAUCUGGAGUGACCCCGCCUCCAACCCGUCUGAAAACACGGUCCAACUUGGUGCCAAAGUCCCGCCCCCGGCCGCCGAGAAGCUGUCGGUGAACCAGGGUGUUGGCACCCGGCCCACCACCAAGGCUCCGCGGCAGCUCCAGGAAAUUGGCCGCCAGAGCUCGUCCGACAGCGGCAUCGCCACCGGCAGCCACUCGUCGUACUCUGGGAGUUUCUCCUCCUACACGGGGAGUCUGGACAUCACCCCUGCAGAGGAGUUCGGCUCCGUUUUCAGCCUCCCUCCUCAUUUAGCCCAAGAUCUGAGUCCAUGUUCAUGUCCCGCCAUCCCAGGACACGAGUACCAGGUUCCCACCUCGCUCCGGUACCUCUAUGACAGCCCCCGGAGUCUUUUACAGGAAGGGGGGGUGAGUGCCAAAGACAGUGACCCCCCCACCCCAAUGACGGACACUCCUGACCCUGCAACCCCCCCAGCAGAGGCUGUGAAGGGGGAUAAAAGCAGCACCUCGGCCUCUGAGGGUCAUUCAGACGCUGCUCACAGACACUCAGUGACCGAACACUCUGAGGACGCUAGGAAAACCAAGAUGGCGCCCUCUAGUGACAGUCAGCACCCAGAGUCUUGUCACAUCUGCAGCUCUCUCACAUCUGCCUCCAAAACCAUCGUCACCAUCUGUUCAGUCUGUGGUGGAUACAAGGGGGCAGCGUACAUACCUGCUGUACCAGCAGAUCAGAGCGGCAAAUGCAGAAUCGUUACCGGCCUUGAGUUCAGUAACGCAGCCAAGAAAACUCCAGAGCUCCGUGUUUGUCGUGGAUCCGAGAGGCCGACAGCAAAGACCAGCGACGAUUCCCCCCCACCCAAAACAGGAAGGGACAAACUGGCCGGUCUGUUGGCUGAGCUGCUGGGUUUAACAAGUCCAGAUCAGAAACCCAAACCCAGCUCUCUGACCCUGUACGAGCCCAUGAGCCCAGCGUUUGGGAAUGAGCUCAAAACGUACCGACUGUCCGACAGAAGUGAUGUCAUUUAUGAAAACUGUGUGAAGUGUCGGGGGGAUCGGUGCCACCCGCCUCCACGGGUCCCAAACCUCCGCACGGGGAACACCUCCGCCCUCCAACCCUCGGAGACGGGCUUGAACCUGAACGUCGGUGCUCUUGAGGAUCCAAGCUGUGGAUCUCAGAGCGAGGACGGAUCGAGUCAGAACCAGGAAGUGAACGGCGAAGACAAAAAGUUUAACAGCAGAGAGGAUCGAUGUAGAGCUGAUCCUGCUUAUGAGAUCAUGGAGAGGACGUUGGAGGCAGACAACAAACCCAAGUAUGAGUUGAUGGGCAGCUGUGGUCAGCAGAGGUUCCUCCAAGACACUGAAGGGCCGGUGUUUGUCUUCCCUCCAGAGGUGGCAGCAUCUGAACGGCCUCGUGGUGACGUGACAUAUGUCAACAUCCCUGUCAGUCCGACGUCCAAGAAGCAGCUGAACUACAUGGAGCUGGAGCUGCAGGAGCCCGGCCCUGGCCCCCGGGGGCCCGUCACCCACCUGCCCACACAGAGGAAGAGUUCCACCAAAUACGCCCAGAUCGACAUCACUGCGACAGAGACGGCCCACAAAGUUGGUACCCAGCAUGCACUGGGUCGGCAGGAGGGUCUGCACACUCUGGAGCUGAGGAGAAAAGCAACACCACAUUGACUUCAAAAUCACUGGACUAAUGAUCUCAACGGUAAAGUUAGUUUGAAUCACGGCUGUGACGGGGGGGGGGGUCUUCUGAAGAACCGGACCCUCUGAGGUUUUCUGUGGAACUGGUUCGACACAUCUACGCAUACUUUAACUGCACAAGUGUCAUUUUUAUGAAACUCUGUUCUGAAAUCUCCAAGUGUCAGGAGCACUGUUUCAUCAUGGACUUGGGCGUCUCAUUAAAUACAUUAUGUCAGUGAUGGAGCCUGAGGCCAACUGGGUGGAUGUGAUGGUCCAGAGCUGAGUCACCGACCCCGACAAACCCCCAGAGCCCCGGCAUUUCACAGCUCAGUCAGGCCAGCGCUAACAACGUGCAAUACACUCGUUUUACCCUCGUUUUUGUAGAACAGGGGUGUUGAACUCAUUUUAGUUCUGGUUCCACAUUCAGCCUAGUACGGUCUCAAAUGGGUCAGACCAGUACAAUAAAAAUUACCAU